CGCCCGUGGUAUGUCCUUUACUCCUCUUGCCCCCACAACUCCACAUAAAACCUUCAUAAAUACCCUCCCCACCUUCUUCAUUUUCCCAUCAUCACCACCACCUCCGCCACUAUCUCUUUUCUUCUUCUUCUCUCUUUCUCUCUAUUCCUUCUCUAUCUCUCUCUCUCUCUCUCGCUUGCUUGUUUUUUGAAAAGAGAUGGCAGUUAGAAAGUCUACCAAACUAUCUCAAACUGCAAUGUUGAAGCAAAUUCUCAAGAGAUGCUCAAGCUUGGGCAAGAAACUUGGGUAUGAUGAAGAUGGCCUUCCUCUUGAUGUCCCAAAAGGCCAUUUUGCUGUCUAUGUUGGAGAAAACAGGAGUAGGUACAUUGUGCCAAUCUCAUUUUUAACUCAUCCAGAGUUCCAAUGCCUGCUUCGACGGGCAGAAGAAGAGUUUGGCUUCGAUCACGAUAUGGGUCUCACUAUUCCCUGUGAAGAAGUUGUUUUUCGCUCUCUAACAUCGAUGCUCAGAUGAAACCAAAGAAAGAGAUGAUGAUGGGUUUGCUGAAAGAAGAAGAAGAAGAAGAAGAAGAAGAUGGCCAUAAGAUGAAAGCUUGAGAGUAAAAAGCUUCUCUUUUUUUAACAUCUUCUUCACCUGUGAUUCUUGAUGAUUCUUCUUUUAUUGUUUUUCUCUUUCCUUACCUCCUUGGGUUUGCUGUUCUUUAUCCCUUUUUGAGGGUUUUUUCUCAAAUGUUGAAUGACUCUAACAUGAAAACCCAGAGAAGUUUUCUGGGUUAAAUUUGUAUAAACUAAGCUUCUAAGGUUUUCCUCACGGAUUACGGAUUGUUAACCCUUCUGUGAGAGAAGUUAUUUAUUAAUUUUACUUUUUCCUGUUAAAAUGUACUCUACUUCUGAUGUAAGUGAAGUUAAUGUUCGAGAAAAUCAAUGAAAGUCCUCUCUCUCACUCUGA